CCCAGCAGCUUGGUUUGACAAUCUUGACAUUUUUGACAAGCGAAGGUCACCACUUGACACUGACCGCUGACAGUAAUCAACAAAUUUUUGUAGUUUAAAAUUGACAAUAUCUUUAAAUUAACAUUUGUUGUUUGUGUUUCGGGUUCCACAAAGUGUUAUUCUUUUUCCUGUUAUGUUAUUCUUUCAUUAUUGUAUUUACUAGCACGUAGCUUGAACUAGACAAGGUAUAUUUUUGCCAUGUCUUAUAAAUAUUGUUGCUUCAUAGCCAGACAGAAAAUGGUCUUAAAAUAAGGGAGAUAAGCAGUACCUAAGGUACAGACAGCAGAAUGACGAAGAAGUUUGAAUUUGACUGGCAUGUUCCGGUACCGGAACCACUGCUUACUGGAUGUGUUGUGGAUAGAUGGACAGAGGAAAGAGAUAAUAGUGAGUUGGAAUCAAAGUGUACGUUUAAAGUUGAUGAAUAUGGUUUUUUCAUAUAUUGGAAAAGUGAAGGAAAGGAUGGUGACGUUAUUGAGCUGUGUCAAGUUAGCGAUAUAAGGGCAGGAGGGUUGCCUAAGGACACCAAAUUACUAUCCAGCUUAACCAAAAAACAUGGAAAUGAUUUGGAAGAUAAAUCCUUAACUAUUUGUAGCGGUACUGACUAUAUAAAUAUUAAUUACCAACAUAUGGUCUGUCCCACUGCAGAAACAGCCAAGGAUUGGUUGGAUGGCCUGAGAAAAAUUACUCACAAUGUUAAAGCUAACAAUUUUUGCCCAAUGACCUGUUUAAAAAAACAUUGGAUGCGUUUGAGUUUCUUGGUAGACCAGAAGGGCAAAAUUCCUGUCAAAGUCGUGGCAAGGACUUUUGCCUCUGGAAGAACUGAAAAAUUAGUCUACCAGUUCUUAGCUGAACUAGGACUACCCAAUGAAAAGAAUGACAGUAUUGAACGUGAAGCUUUUACUUUCGAAAAAUUCUACGCAUUGUAUCACAAAAUUUGUCCCAGAAAUGACAUAGAGGAACUCUUUAGGACGAUAACAGAAGGAAAAGCCGAUUAUAUGAAUUUAGAGCAACUGAUUAAUUUUCUUAAUGAAAAACAAAGAGAUCCUAGGCUAAAUGAAAUUCUGUAUCCGCUCUAUGACGAAAAACGAGCAGCUGAGAUAAUUCAUACCUACGAACUAGAUGACAGUGCCAAGGAAAAUUUAAGGCUGAGCAAAGAUGGAUUAAUCAGGUAUUUAAUGUCAGAUGAAAAUGCUCCUGUGUUCUUGGACCGGUUAGAGAUCUAUAUGGACAUGAAUCAGCCUUUGUGUGCUUAUUACAUUAACUCUAGUCAUAACACUUAUUUGAUAGGAAGGCAGUUUGGAGGAAAAUCAUCGGUUGAAAUGUACAGACAGGUUUUGUUGGCUGGCUGUAGAUGUGUUGAAUUAGAUUGUUGGGACGGUAGAGGCGAGGACGAAGAACCUAUAAUAACCCAUGGACGCGCUAUGUGUACGGAUAUUCUAUUUAAGGACGUCAUAUACGCUAUUAGAGACACGGCCUUUGUAACAUCGGAUUAUCCCGUUAUUUUGUCGUUCGAAAAUCACUGUUGUAUAAGCCAGCAACACAAACUUGCCAAAUAUUGCGACGAAAUUUUUGGAGACCUGCUCCUGAAGGAGCCACUAAAGGAAUAUCCUCUGGAACCAGGGUGUCCACUGCCUCCACCCUCAAGUUUGAGGAGGAAGAUUUUGAUCAAAAAUAAGCGAUUGAAGCCGGAAGUAGAGAAACAGGAAUUGGAACUUUUUAGGCAGGGUCAAUUCGUUAUCGUAGAUGAAGAGAAAGAAGAUGCCAAUGCCAGCGCCGAUCGACCAAUACCUCCCGAUAUAUCGGCCGAAACUCCGGCAACAGACGUUCCACCUGCCGAAGGUGCUGAAGUAGCACCGGCCGCGGUGGCGUAUCAAAGCUCGACCACCAACGUGCAUCCGUGGUUGAGUUCGAUGAUCAACUACGCUCAGCCUGUCAAAUUCCAGGGGUUCGAUGUUGCUGAACAAAAAAACAUCCACCAUAACAUGUCGAGCUUUUCCGAACCGGCUGGCCUCAACUAUUUAAAGACACAGUCCAUUGAGUUCGUGAAUUACAACAAGAAACAGAUGUCACGAAUAUACCCGAGCGGAGCCAGAGCCAACUCGUCAAAUUAUAUGCCUCAGGUCUUUUGGAACGCAGGUUGCCAGAUGGUGUCUCUUAACUUUCAAACGUCCGACUUGCCAAUGCAGCUGAACCAAGGAAAAUUCGAAUACAACGGCAACUGUGGUUAUUUGUUGAAACCGGAUUUUAUGAGAAGACCGGAUCGGAUAUUCGAUCCUUUCGCUGAGAUACCGGUAGAUGGCGUGAUUGCAGCUCAGUGUUCUGUACAAGUGAUAGCAGGACAGUUCUUGUCCGAUAAAAAGAUUGGAACCUAUGUGGAGGUAGAUAUGUAUGGCUUGCCCACCGACACGAUCCGGAGAGAGUUUAGAACGCGUAUGGUUCCCGCUAACGGCCUUAAUCCUGUCUAUAACGAAGAACCGUUCUUGUUUAGGAAAAUAGUACUGCCCGAUCUAGCAGUACUUCGAUUCGGAGUAUACGAUGAAAACGGGAAGUUACUGGGACAGAGGAUUUUACCUUUGGACGGUUUACAGGCUGGUUACAGACAUAUUUCGUUAAGAACUGAGGCUAAUUUCCCCAUGUCUUUGCCAAUGCUGUUCUGUAACAUAGAAUUGAAAAUCUAUGUGCCCGAUGGUUUUGAAGACUUUAUGGCAGCGUUAAGUGAUCCUAGAGGAUUCCGGGGUUCACAGCAAAAGCAAAACGAACAAAUGUCCUCCAUGGGCAUAGAGGUAACCGAUCAAAAUAAUGUAGAAAAACAAACGAAAAAAGAAGAGAAAAAAGUUGAACCAAUGGUAUUUGAACCGAUAACCAUCGAAUCCGUGAAGCAAGACAAAGCGUAUCAAAAAACAACGAAAAAACAACAAAAAGAUUUUGAUAUUCUAAAGAAAAAACAACAAAAGGAAAAAUCGGCAGUUCAAAAGUCUCAGUGCAUCGCCAUUGACAAGUUGAUUAAAGGAAAAAACAAAAACGAAUUAGUUAGCAAUCCAGCGGUGCGGAAAUUAGUGACAGAGCAAACGUCAGAGUGGAGUGCUCUCAUGGAGAAACACCGGAAACAAGAAUGGGAAUUUCUACGGAAUCAGUUGAACGAUCAACGCGAUUUACUGCGUAAACAUAUGGAACUAUUGCAGGCGCAACAAAAGCGACAGCUAGAUGUCAAACACGAUAGGGAGAUGAAGGAAAUCAACAGUCAACAGGCUAAGAUAUCGGUUGAGACAGCGAAAGAGAUUAACAAUGAUAAAACGUUGAAAACGAAAAAAGACAAAGAAAGAAGAUUGAAAGAAAAACAGCAGAACAACACUAAAAAAUUUUUGGAAGAACGCAAGACGGCCUGUAUCAAACAAACGAGAGAAAAAGAAAAACUGCAAAUAACACACGAUAAACAGUUAGAAAUGUUGGCCCACGAUAUUCAGAAAAUGAUAGAGAUGUACCAAAACGAAGAAAAAGAAUAUAAUAUAUCAUCUAAAACCGAAUUUUUCGCUUAAAUUUAUUAUGUUAUUAAUGUAUGUAUGUUACUUGCAGAGCUGCAACAAGACAGUUUCAAAAAGACUUAAAUUUUUCGGCCGGUUCCGAAAAAAACUUUUUAUUUGCUAGUGUUAUUGAGGUUUUUUUUAAUCUGCCACCUAACAGUUUAAAAAGACAUACUGCUGUUAAAAAUUUAUCACAAAAAUAUAUAAAAAUAUGAUAUGCCUUUUAUAAAAAGACUUAAAUCUUUUUAAUAGCCAUAAAGUCUUUUUUUUAAAGACUUAAAUGUUUUAAAACGUUUAAGCAUUUUUAAUGACAUUAAAAUGAUUUCAAUCAAAAAAGAAUUGUUUUCUGUGAGCUUGCAGCUCUGUAUGUUAUUAAUGUAUGUUACUUGUUAUAAAGUAUACAAAAGAUAUUUAAAUGUUACAUUAUUACUAUCACCAAUAUACCGUAUGAUCGAAAAAACGGCGUCCAGUUGGCUUGGAAGUUUCUCAUAUAAUUUUACAAAUAAAAUGAAAGCUAUCUUUAUUUCAUAGCCGUCGCUGACGCUGUUUUUUUUCGAUCAUAUUGUUGCAUUUAGCAUAUUGCACUUAUAGUGAUAAAAGCAAACUUAGUUGAUCUAUAGAUACUAUAGAUACCUAUAAUAUAUUUAUUUUAUUAGAAAUAUACUAAAUAAAUUUAUUAGUUAAUGCUAAUUUAUUAUAACUAUAAUUGUUAUAUAUAUUUUAAAACUAAGCAGAAAAUAUUAAAAAAAUUAAAGAAAUGGCGCCCAAUUUAGGCCACCCUGUAUGCUUAACAGUUAAUUGUGUU